CCGUGGCCUAUCUCUUUCGAUGUUGGUCGUCGAGUCGACCCGACAUUCUUGUGCACAUACCUAUAGUGAGACUACGGUACUCGGAGAGACCGAGACUGCCGGUUGCCGAAUGGGGAGUGAUAAUGGCCCUGUGUAAUAAAUUUGAUUAAAAAUCAUAUCGUCGCAGAAUACGAAGACACUCUCUUCGGUGACUCGACUGGUGUGAUGCCAAUUUACUCUCCGAGAUCUUGGUGGUUGUUUACGCUUUACUCCGGCUGAAAGGAUUUCUGUUCAGUUGAGCGGAUGAACUUGUACGGAUUGUUCGUGAUCGUGUCGCCGCGGCUGGGAGCAACGAUCGACGGUUAACGAUGACGUUUCUUCGCGGGUGGUGUCUGGCCUAUUGCGUCAUAGUUUGUCUAGUGCAUGGUGGAGGAUGGGCUUCGCCUGUGCCACAAGAUCAGACGAAACAGCAGGUGGUCAAAAGGCAAGCCAAGGGUGAUGCAGAUCGUCCCAAGAUCCGAAACGAAGUGGCCGAGUUUCUAGAAAGUGGCAAAAUGAGCAACGAUUACGUAUGGGUGGAUGCAACGACGAAGAAGUUCGUACCCGUUCCUGGGAAUGAUCUGGAAUUUGGAAACUGCUCCGAUUCGGAUGAGCUGAUUUAUUUCGACAAUACGGUUAUAGAGAACUCAGGGCCGAGUACUUUGAACGGAACGCUCGAGAUCUACAUCGAUGCACCCGUCAAUAUAACAUGUGUGAGGGCAAUUGAUCAAAUUAAAGAUGGUUUUGGCGCCGUUCCGACGUACAACUCCAUGGGUUCGAACUGGGCCAAAAUUGAUGUCACCGGUCAGUAUGGAAGAGGAUUUCAUUUCCACAUCUACGUCUAUGGCAGUCGGCAGAAGAAGAACGGUUCCGAGAAGGAAAAGGAGCGCAAGGACAGUCAGUCUAAUCUGGUGUAGUUUGUACGAUUAGUGUUUAAUUGUGGUAUAUGUAGAUAGUAGAAUUUUAGAAUUGCGAGAGUAAAAAGCGUGUUGAUUAAA